GGUUGGAUAUAGCAGCAACAGUACAUAAUGUACUGCGUCUAAACUUAUCACCAAAUCUCCUUACAUGUGGUCGAAAUUAUCCCGCGUCAACAAUCUUCGAAAAAACUAAGCUAGUGUCGGAACUCCACUUUCACACCAUAAAACCCAAUCGGAACUCUACAAAUACCUAAUCGAAACCCAACAAAUAAAUUAAAAAAUAGGAAGAGACGUGUAAGAAAAGAAAAGAAAAAAAGCCCGAAAGAAUUCUAAAAAAGACGGCGAUAUGGGAAUACUGGAAGAAGCUCACAACUUGAAAGUUGUGGGAACGGGGCAGCAAAUCUUAGUCUUAGGCCAUGGCUUCGGCACAGAUCAAUCCGUUUGGAAACAUCUCAUUCCUCAUAUCAUCGAUGACUAUAAGGUCAUUCUGUACGACAACAUGGGUGCCGGAACGACAAACCCGGACUACUUCGAUUUCGAAAGGUACUCCACGCUCGAAGGCUAUGCCUACGAUUUGCUCGCCAUCUUAGAAGAGCUUCAAGUCGAUUCCUGCAUCUAUGUUGGUCACUCUGUUUCCGCUAUGGUCGGUCUCAUCGCAUCCAUAACCCGUCCUGAUCUUUUCUCUAAGAUCAUCAUGAUCGCCGCUUCCCCGAGAUAUUUGAACGAUGUGGAUUACUAUGGAGGUUUCGAACAAGAAGAUCUAGACCAGCUUUUCGAAGCCAUGGGUGCGAACUACAAGGCGUGGUGUUCCGGAUUUGCACCGCUGGCGGUAGGUGGGGACAUGGAUUCGAUGGCGGUGCAAGAAUUUAGCCGGACGCUCUUCAACAUGAGACCUGACAUAGCCUUGACCGUUGCUCAGACUAUAUUUCAAAGCGACAUGAGGCAGAUAUUGAAGAUGGUCACCGUCCCUUGCCAUAUCCUUCAGAGUGUCAAAGAUCUUGCUGUACCGGUGGUGGUUUCUGAAUACCUGCAUCAGAAUCUCGGCGGAGAGUCGAUCGUGGAGGUAAUGUCGUCGGAUGGUCAUCUUCCUCAGCUCAGCUCUCCCGAUAUUGUGAUUCCGGUACUGCUCCGGCACAUUCGCUAUGACAUAGCAAUCUGAAUCCGCAAGGACUUGUUGUCUGUGGUAAGCAAAGAAGUCUUUAAUUCGAUACGAAAAGUACAAAGUUUUUAGGCGUCCUCUAUUGAUACCGUUUUGAUUUGGUGUUAGUUUCUAGUUACGUGUUUUGCUUUUUCUUUUUUCCAAUUUAAUUGGUUGUAACUUGCUUAUUUAAAUGUUAAUUAAUAGGGGUUAAUAAUGUAUGGUACCUCUUAAAUAAUUAGUUGCAAAUUUGAAAGGAAAAAAAUAAAGUAUAGUUUUUAUCGUCUA